AGAACAUUGUCAUUGCUUCAGUUAACUUUAAUUCGACUAAAUCGGUUCGUCGCACGCAUCAACAGUGCAAGUUCGCAGCAACAUAAUGGCGUUUAAGAUGGUUGUACUCUUCGCCGCUCUGGCCUGCGCCAGGGCAGCCUUCCUUGAAGCUGAUCACCAUACGGCUCACUACUCGCCAGCCUCAGCCGUCAGCUACAGCUCGAUCACCCGCAGCGAACCAGCCAAGCUGACCAAAACUUUGGCCUAUGCCGAACCCGCCGUGCACUACGCUGAACCCGCUGUCCACUAUGCGGCCCCCGUCGCCAAAACCUUGACCUAUGCCCAACCCGCUGUCCACUACGCUGCUCCGGUGGCCAAGACUUUGACGUACGCUGAACCAACCGUGCACUAUGCCGCCCCAGUCACCAAGACACUUGCAUACUCCCAGCCCGCUGUCACCUACGCUGCCCCAGUAGCCAAGACUCUGGCCUACUCUCAGCCUGCUGUUACUUAUGCAGCCCCAGUAGCCAAGACCGUGGCCUACUCUCAACACUAUGCCGCUCCUGUUGCCAAGACUCUAACCUACGCUCAGCCAGCUGUGCACUACUCGGCUCCAGUCGCCACACACGCUGUCGCCGUAUCCCAGCCCUCGGUUCAAUACGUACAUGAGCCAACCUACACCAAGACCGUCCUUGCUGAGCCAACCACGUAUGCCAAGUCCUUCGUACACCACCCAGCUCCGGUGUCUUAUGCUGCUCCAGUUACCAAGACCCUUGUUGCUCAACCACUGCUUGCCAAGACCGUCGUCUCCGAGCCUGUGUACACCAAGACCGUCGUUCAGCAGCCAACCUACCUGAAGACCCUCGCUGCCCAGCCUGUGUACGCCCAUGCCGCCCCAGUCUAUGCUGCCAAAACCUUGACAUAUGCUGCUCCCGAAGCCCAAGUAUCGCACGUGAGCUUCCAGGAUGCUAGCUCCCACUACGCUUGGUAAGAAGAUUUCGGAGAAAACACCAUUCUCCACACAACGUACCAACAGAAUACUCAGGAAGACAGAGGAAACCGAAGUCAUCGAUGGUGCAUCCAAACCGCCGAAUAUGUUGAACCAUUUUGUUGAAUAUAUCUAUAACUGCUAAUCAGAGCAAAA